UGUGGGAGUUGGGGUGAAGGGGGGGGGAGUGUUUAUAUUGGCCUGCGAGGAGGAGGAGAAGCACAACACUAUUACUAGUACACCUGUACACAGUUGUUACAGAAAAGUGAACAAGUUGUUUGAGGAUGAAGUACAUGUUGACGCUACUGGUGGUGACCGUCACGGUUGUGGGAGCAAUAGACAACAAAACUGCUCCGGUAGAUCCAGUGAUCCUUCCGUGUGGCCCCCACACCAUGAAACUCGGCGAUGUGGUCUUGGUGCAGUCACCAGGUUACCCCGCCCGCCUGACCAACAAGAGCAGUUGUCAACAGAAUAUCGUCUGCCAGUCACCGAGUGCCAAGCUUGGAGUCGCCUGCGAAGUAUUUAACCUGGAAGACUGUGACAAUGAACGACUCAUCAUAUCCUACGACACCACUUCCUCCACACUCUGCGGGAAUGUUAAACCUAACGGCGUCUUCCCCACCAACGCGAUGAAACUCGAAUUCAUAACCAAAGGCGUGAAUGACUCCACUGGGUACAAUUGUUCCAUCACGUGCCUAAGAUAACAAACCAAUGACCAACUACAACAAGUAGUGUGAGAAGCAGCUGCCUCUCUCUUACCUGCACCACGACUACCAGGACCACUAUGAGGAAUUCCUUGGGAUUUGUUCAUCUGAAGGAGUGACAUGCUAGUGUUCCAGGCUUCACUAACCCCCGGACCCGGAAACCUGACCAAACCUUCCUAUGUCAGCCUGGCCUAAUGUAACCUGUCCCUUAAUGACCUAACCCACCUAUCCCCAGCAAACCCUAAAUUUAUCACCUCGAACAUGACCCAAUGUAACCUAACCAAUACAGCACUUUAUAGAGACAUGUCAUCACUACUUGUGUAAGACUUUAUCAAGACAUUAUAUAUUAUCUAUUAAUCAUUUAGAGAAUAUUGGCAGAAUAUAAUAAAAUAUUGCACAGCAAA